AUGGGCUUCGGAACGGAGGUGCUGGGGGAUGGAACUGACAGGUCCCGAUCCGGACGUCCGCGGGUGGCCAGCAGGGUGUCCAGCCAGAUGGACAGGUCCACCAGCUGGUCCAAACCCAACUCCAGAUUAGACCACGCUCCAGAACAGGCCAUUUCCCAGCCCAGCUCCAGAACAGACCACUACCGAGAGCAGCUCCAGAACAGGCCAUUAUCCAGCCCAACUUCAGAACAGACCACUACCCAGAGCAGCUCCAGAACAGGCCAUUAUCCAGCCCAACUACAGAACAGACCAGUACCCAGAGCAGCCCCAGAACAGACCACCACCCAGAGCAGCUCCAGAACAGGCCAUUACCCAGCCCAACUCCAGAACAGACCACUACUCAGAGCAGCUCCAGAACAGGCCAUUAUCCAGCCCAACUACAGAACAGACCAGUACCCAGAGCAGCCCCAGAACAGACCACUACCCAGAGCAGCUCCAGAACAGGCCAUUUCCCAGCCCAGCUCCAGAACAGACCACUACCCAGAGCAGCUCCAGAACAGGCCAUUAUCCAGCCCAACUUCAGAACAGACCAAUACCCAGAGCAGCUCCAGAACAGGCCAUUAUCCAGCCCAACUACAGAACAGACCAGUACCCAGAGCAGCCCUUGAACAGACCACUACCCAGAGCAGCUCCAGAACAGGCCAUUACCCAGCCCAACUCCAGAACAGAACACUACUCAGAGCAGCUCCAGAACAGGCCAUUAUCCAGCCCAACUACAGAACAGACCAGUACCCAGAGCAGCCCCAGAACAGACCACUACCCAGAGCAGCUCCAGAACAGGCCAUUUCCCAGCCCAGCUCCAGAACAGACCACUACCCAGAGCAGCUCCAGAACAGGCCAUUAUCCAGCCCAACUUCAGAACAGACCAAUACCCAGAGCAGCUCCAGAACAGGCCAUUAUCCAGCCCAGGUCCAGAACAGACCACUACCGAGAGCAGCUCCAGAACAGACCACUAUCCAGAGCAGCUCCAGAACAGGCCAUUCCCUAGCCCAACUACAGAACAGACCACUACCCAGAGCAGCUCCAGAACAGGCCAUUACCCAGAGCAGCUCCAGAACAGGCCAUUCCCUAGCCCAGCUUCAGAACAGACCACUACCCAGAGCAGCUCCAGAACAGACCACUACCUGGAGCAGCUCCAGAACGGACCACUACCCGGAGCAGCUCCAGAACAGGCCAUUACCCAGAGCAGCUCCAGAACAGGCCAUUACCCAGAGCAGCUCCAGAACAGGCCAUUACCCAGAGCAGCUCCAGAACAGGCCAUUCCCUAGCCCAGCUCCAGAACAGACCACUACCCGGAGCAGCUCCAGAACAGGCCAUUACCCAGCCCAACUCCAGAACAGACCACUACUCAGAGCAGCUCCAGAACAGGCCAUUAUCCAGCCCAGCUCCAGAACAGACCACUACCCAGAGCAGCUCCAGAACAGGCCAUUAUUAAGGCCAACUACUGAACAGACCAAUACCCAGAGCAGCUCCAGAACAGGCCAUUACCCGGAGCAGCUCCAGAACAGGCCAUUACCCAGCCCAACUCCAGAACAGACCACUACUCAGAGCAGCUCCAGAACAGGCCAUUAUCCAGCCCAGCUCCAGAACAGACCAUUACCCAGUCCAGCUCCAGAACAGAUCAGCUCCAGAACAGACCAUUCCCUAGCCCAGCUCCAGAACAGACCACUACCCAGAGCAGCUCCAGAACAGGCCAUUACCCAGAGCAGCUCCAGAACAGGCCAUUACCCAGAGCAGCUCCAGAACAGGCCAUUCCCUAGCCCAGCUCCAGAACAGACCACUACCCAGAGCAGCUCCAGAACAGACCACUACCCGGAGCAGCUCCAGAACAGGCCAUUACCCAGAGCAGCUCCAGAACAGACCACUACCCAGAACAGGCCAUUACCCAGCCCAACUCCAGAACAGACCACUACUCAGAGCAGCUCCAGAACAGGCCAUUAUCCAGCCCAGCUCCAGAACAGACCACUACCCAGAGCAGCUCCAGAACAGACCACUACCCGGAGCAGCUCCAGAACAGGCCAUUACCCAGAGCAGCUCCAGAACAGACCAUUCCCUAGCCCAGCUCCAGAACAGACCAUUACCCAGAGCAGCUCCAGAACAGGCCAUUACCCAGAGCAGCUCCAGAACAGGCCAUUCCCUAGCCCAGCUCCAGAACAGACCACUACACAGAGCAGCUCCAGAACAGACCACUACCCGGAGCAGCUCCAGAACAGGCCAUUACCCAGAGCAGCUCCAGAACAGACCACUACCCAGAACAGGCCAUUAUCCAGCCCAGCUCCAGAACAGACCACUACCCAGAGCAGCUCCAGAACAGACCAUUCCCUAGCCCAGCUCCAGAACAGACCACUACCCAGAGCAGCUCCAGAACAGGCCAUUACCCAGAGCAGCUCCAGAACAGGCCAUUACCCAGAGCAGCUCCAGAACAGGCCAUUCCCUAGCCCAGCUCCAGAACAGACCACUACCCAGAGCAGCUCCAGAACAGACCAUUACCCAGAGCAGCUCCAGAACAGACCACUACCCAGAACAGGCCAUUACCCAGCCCAACUCCAGAACAGACCACUACUCAGAGCAGCUCCAGAACAGGCCAUUACCCAGAGCAGCUCCAGAACAGGCCAUUCCCUAGCCCAGCUCCAGAACAGACCACUACCCAGAGCAGCUCCAGAACAGACCACUACCCGGAGCAGCUCCAGAACAGGCCAUUACCCAGAGCAGCUCCAGAACAGACCACUACCCAGAACAGGCCAUUACCCAGCCCAACUCCAGAACAGACCACUACUCAGAGCAGCUCCAGAACAGGCCAUUAUCCAGCCCAGCUCCAGAACAGACCACUACCCAGAGCAGCUCCAGAACAGACCACUACCCGGAGCAGCUCCAGAACAGGCCAUUACCCAGAGCAGCUCCAGAACAGACCACUACCCAGAGCAGCUCCAGAACAGACCAUUCCCUAGCCCAGCUCCAGAACAGACCAUUACCCAGAGCAGCUCCAGAACAGGCCAUUACCCAGAGCAGCUCCAGAACAGGCCAUUCCCUAGCCCAGCUCCAGAACAGACCACUACACAGAGCAGCUCCAGAACAGACCACUACCCGGAGCAGCUCCAGAACAGGCCAUUACCCAGAGCAGCUCCAGAACAGACCACUACCCAGAACAGGCCAUUACCCAGCCCAACUCCAGAACAGACCACUACUCAGAGCAGCUCCAGAACAGGCCAUUAUCCAGCCCAGCUCCAGAACAGACCACUACCCAGAGCAGCUCCAGAACAGACCAUUCCCUAG